AUGGAUAUAAAAAAUACUCAUCAAUUAAUUAAUGGUUCAAAUGAUCUUGAUAAAAUGGCACCCGAAGAUAUGACAUCAAAAGAAUAUUAUCUUGAUACAAAUGCUCAUUUUGGUGUUCAUGAAGAAUUAUUAAAAGAUGAAAUUCGAACAAAAACAUUUCGUAAUGCUAUUAUACAUAAUCGAGAUUUAUUUAAAGAUAAAAUAGUAUUAGAUAUUGGUUGUGGUAUUGGUGUAUUUAGUUUAUUUGCAGCUAAAGCUGGUGCUAAAAUGGUUAUAGCGGUUGAAAAAUCUAAUGUUAUUGAAUAUACAAAACGUAUUAUUCAUGCAAAUCGAUAUGAUAAAGUAAUUAGAAUAGUUAAAGGAAAAAUUGAAGAUAUUGAAUUACCUGAAGGUAUUGAAAAAGUUGAUAUUAUUAUUGCUGAAUGGAUGGGUUAUUGUUUAUUUUAUGAUUCAAUUAUUAAAAGUGUUAUCUAUGCUCGAGAUAAAUUUCUUAAACCUGAUGGUCUUAUCUUUCCUGAUCGUGCAACAGUAUAUAUGGUCGGUAUUGAAGAUCGUGAUUAUAAAGAAGAUAAAGUUGAAUGGUGGUCAAAUGUUUAUGGUUAUAAUAUGAGUUGUUUAAAAAAUUAUGUUAUGCGUGAACCAUUAGUUGAUACUGUUGAUAAACGUCAAAUAUGUACGGAUCAUUUUCCACUUAAAACAUUCGAUUUAAAAACUAUGACUAUCAAUGAUAUAAAUAUUGAUGCUAAUUUUCGACUUCAUGCUCUACGUGAUGAUUAUGUACAUGCAUUUGUAACAUAUUUUAUUAUUGAAUUUACAGCAUGUCCUCAACGAACAAUAAUUAAUACUGCACCUGGUGCUGGUUAUACACAUUGGAAACAAACUGUUUUCUAUUUUCCUGAUUAUUUAACAAUAAAAAAUGAUGAAAUUUUAGAAGGAAAAUUUUCAUGUAAAGUUAAUCUGGAAAAUACGAAAAAACUUGAUUUUGGUAUUGAUUUUCAAUUUAAUGGAGAACUAUCAAGUUUACAUAAUCAAAAUCAAUAUUUUAUGAAAGGUUAA